AUGGUCACAAUGGAGAAUUAUCAGGUUGAUGUUGAUGUCUCAGUUGAUAAAGGGAAAAUGGUAGUAUCAGAGUCUGAUACAUCAGACAGUAAAUACAAACCUGAUUAUGAAUCUAGUGAAUGUAAUGAGUAUGAUACGCUGGUUGACAGUGAUUAUGAAAGUGAGAAUGAUAACAUGUCGUAUGAUAGUUAUGUUGAUAAUGAAGCUGAAUGGACUGUUAAUUGUAGGAGAUGUGGUCAAAAUGGGCAUAACAGGAGGACUUCUACUAUUAUACUGCCAAAAGGAAACCACGGUGAAGUGAGCCAAUUUGUUGUGAGCCAAGGUGAAGGGAGCCAAGCUGCUGUUAUCCAAGCUAGAGUGAGUCAACCUGCUGUGAGCCAAUAUGAUGUGAGUCAAGGUGGAAGGAGCUAA